AUGCAAAAUGAGAUUAACCCCAAACUUUCAGCUAAACCCUCGAAAAACCCUUUUUCUGAGAGAGCUCUCAUUUCCAUCGGAAGUUUUGGAACAUCUGAGAUUGAGAGAGAGUCUCCACAAGCGGUCAUGCAUCGAGCAAAGAGAAUAAUCAGUUCUCUCAGACUCGCCAACUCGCUACACUCAACUCAGCUACCCAGAACGAACUUUCUCUAUCCUCAGGUAACAACUCAGUUCUCCCACUUUUCUUCUCACAUUACACAACCUCACACUUCAACUUUUCUAAAUACCCAUCAAAAACUGUUAUUUUCAUCAACACCAGAACCGACUAUAGAGCUUGUAUUAUCUAACGAUUGGUCAAAACAAUUAGAAAAAGAGUUAUCGGAAUCAAACCCUAAACUGACCCAUGAGACUGUUAUAUAUAUCUUGAAGAAACUAGAUAAAGAUCCACAAAAGGCCUCUGGGUUCUUCAAUUGGGUCACUGACAAAAAUGGGUUUAAACCCAGUUCUGCUGUGUAUAGCUUAAUGCUUAGAAUUUUUGCUAACAAAGAUUCAAUGAAGCAUUUUUGGGUUACCAUUACUAAGAUGAAAGAACAGGGGUUUUAUAUUGAUGAGGAGACAUAUGAAACUAUUCUUGGAGAUUUUAAAAGUUCGAAGAUGGCAAGUGAUGCCACGGCUUUGACUCAUUUCUAUAAGAGGAUGGUUAAAGAAAAUACCAUGGAUGAAGUGGUGAAGGAGUUGGUUAAAGUCAUUUUGGGGUCGAAUUGGAGCCAUGAGGUUGAGAAAAAAUUGGGGGGAAUGGAAAUUUCGAUGCAUGAGAAUUUUGUGUUAAGGGUUUUGAAGGAACUUCGAGGAUGUCCUUCGAAAGCUUUGAGUUUUUUUAAGUGGGUUAGUGGAAGAUUUGGUUUUGAACACAAUAGUGUUGCUUAUAAUGCAGUUGUUAGGGUUCUUGGUCAAGAUGCUUCAAUUGAGGAUUUUUGGAGUAUGGUGAAGGAAAUGAAGGGUGCAGGUCAUGAGAUGGAUCUUGAUACAUACAUAAAAGUUUCGAGGAGGUUUCAGAAGAGUAAGAUGCUAAAGGAUGCAGUGGAGCUUUAUGAGCUUAUGAUGGAUGGGCCGUUUAAGCUUUCCGUUCAGGAUUGCAGCUUGCUUCUAAGAACCAUUGCUGCAGACAGGAGUCCAGAUUUGGACUUGGUGUUUAGAGUUGUGAAGAAGUAUGAGGCAGCAGGGCAUUCCCUUUCAAAGACUGUUUAUGAUGGGAUUCAUAGGUCUCUGACGAGUGUGGGGAGAUUUGGAGAAGCAGAAAAGAUAAUGGAGGCGAUGAGAAAUGCAGGGUAUGAACCUGAUAACUUGACCUACAGCCAACUGAUUUUUGGACUUUGUAAAACAGGGAGACUUGAAGAAGCCUAUAAGGUGCUGGAUGUGAUGGAAGCACAAGAAUGUAUUCCCGAUCUCAAAACUUGGACCAUUCUGAUACAAGGGCAUUGUGCGGCUAAUGAAGUCGAUAAGGCAUUGUUUUAUUUUGCAAAGAUGGUGGAAAAAAAUUGUGAUGCGGAUGCUGAUCUCUUGGAUGUGUUAAUAAAAGGUUUUGUUAGUCAGAAGAGAAUAGAUGGCGCAUACAAAUUGCUUGUAGAGAUGGUGAAUAAGACUCGGUUAAUACCUUGGCAAGCUACAUAUAAAAAUCUGAUUCAGAAGCUUUUAGGAGAAGGUCAACUCGAAGAAGCAUUGGACCUUCUUCGGCUAAUGAAGAAACAGAACUACCCACCUUUCCCAGAUCCUUUUGUGCCAUAUAUUUCAAAAUUUGGGACAGUGGAGGAUGCGGAGGAGUUCUUGAAGGCAUUGAGUGUGAAGAAAUUUCCAUCUCUUGCUGCUUACCAACAUGUUUUUGAAUCUCUCUUUCAGGAAGGUAGACAUUCAGAGGCCACAGAUCUCCUCUAUAAGUGCCCUCAUCAUGUACGGAAACACAAGGCUAUUUGCACUCUUUUUGGUUCUGAAAAAAGUGGCAGCACUGCGGCUGCUUGACAUUGUUCUAAUACAGUUAGAUUUAGAAUCCUUAUGUUAUGAAAUAUGAAUGAACUUCAUGGACCACUGGUAGAUUAUCUUUGUAAAUUUUCAUGGUUGGUAUAGAACAUUAUUUGGGUUUAGCUUUUGCCUUUCAUGGCACUCCCAAUGUUGGUCAAGUAGAGAUUAUGGAGCCUGAUGGUGUUGCAUUCUUGAGCAUCUUUGAUGAAUUGAAAUUGGUGAGAGCGAGUGAGAUCCGACUCUGCAUCAAUUGAAACACUUGAGUACUCAGACCUUAAUUCUCUUUGACAAAUGCAAAUCUGUAAUUUAUUCUGAUUUCAGCAUGAAGGCCCUAGCAUAUUCAAUUAAUGCACCCUCACUGUGAGUUCAAAUGUUGUAUUUUUUUUUUAACUCAGUUUGAAUGUUGUAUAUG